AUGUCUGAACUAUUAGUGCUUAUCACUUUCACUUUCCUCUUCAUUUUGGUGCUAAAAAUAGUCUUGAAUCAGAAAGCAAAAUCAACUCCAAAUAUGCCUCCCGGGCCAUGGAAGCUACCAAUUAUAGGGCAUAUGCAUCAUCUUCUUACGCCUGCAUCACAUAAAAAAUUGAGAGACCUGGCUAAAAUAUAUGGACCUUUGAUGCGUCUGGAACUUGGAGGGGUGACAGCAAUGAUUGUUUCCUCACCUGAGUAUGCCAGGGAGAUAAUGAAAACCCAUGAUGUUUUCUUUGCAUCAAGGCCUCACAGUGUAACUUCAGAUAUAUUGUCCUAUGGAUCCACAGGUAUUGCUUCUGCCCCUUAUGGAAAUUAUUGGAGAGUUGUACGACAGAUGUGCACAAUGGAGCUUUUAGGACAAAAACGUGUCAAUUCAUUCCAACCAAUAAGAGCAGAAGAGCUCACUAAUCUCAUCAAAAUGAUUGAUUCGAAGAAAGGAUCACCCGUUAACCUCACUCAACUAGUACUCUCAUCCAUAUAUUCCAUCAUUUCAAGAGCUGCAUUUGGCAAUAAAUGCAAAGACCAAGAAGAAUUCAUAUCACUGGUGAAAGAAGGACUUGCAAUAUUGGGAGAUUUAUUUCCUUCUGGUAGAUGGCUUCAAUUUGUCACUGGUUUCAGGCAUAAGAUCGAGAGGUUACAUCAACAAAUUGAUCGGAUUCUUCAAAACAUCAUCAUUGAACAUAGAGAGGCAAAGUCAAAGGGCAAAGAAGACCAGGGUGAAGAAAGUGGAGAUUUGGUGGAUAUUCUACUAAAACUUCAGGAUGAUAAUCAUGGAAACGAGAAUAUUUGUUUGACUGAUAACAAUAUCAAGGCUACGAUCCAGGAAAUAUUCGGUGCAGGAGGUGAGCCAUCAGCAAUUACUAUAGAUUGGGCAAUGGCUGAGAUGGUAAGGGAUCCAAGAGUGAUGAAGAAGGCACAAGCUGAAGUGAGAAAGGUAUUCAAUAUGAAAGGAAGAGUUGAUGACAGUUGCAUCAAUGAACUCAAAUAUUUGAAAUCAGUUGUGAAGGAGACGCUAAGAUUACACCCUCCAGGUCCUCUUUUACUUCCAAGAGAAUGUGGAAAGAAAUGUGAGAUUGAUGGGUAUUAUAUACCAGCCAAAAGUAUGGUAAUUGUCAACGCCUGGGCUAUUGGAAGAGAUCCAAGCUAUUGGAAUGAUGCAGAUAGGUUUUAUCCGGAGAGAUUCAUUGAUAGCUCAAUUGACUACAAAGGAAAUAAUUUUGAAUUCCUUCCAUUUGGUGCUGGAAGAAGAAUAUGCCCUGGGAGCACAUUUGGUUUGAUAAAUGUUGAGUUGGCACUUGCAUUGUUGUUGUACCAUUUUGAUUGGAAGCUACCCAAUGGAAUGAAAUGUGAGGAUUUGGACAACACUGAGGAAUUUAGAGUGACUAUUAGAAGAAAAGAUGACUUGUACUUGAUUCCUGUAUCUUCUCCUUCUUUGCUUACGAUGCAAAUCUGA